GUUGUUUUGUCAGUUUGGUGCGCCUCGUAUUGUACUAGAUCUCUCUCCGUUUAGGGGGUAGCUGUUCCACGAAGACGAUGCUUUGUGAUAGAGACUAAUGAAUUUACGUGGGGACCAUGAACCAUCGUGGCGGUGGUCUUGGUAUCAUUUGCGGCCUACUUGCAAAGCUUGCGCUUCUGUUUGGGUAGCAUUAGCAAUAGCGUUUCGAAUUCGUCUGCGAAACUUUCUGUCAUGUGCGAAGGAGUAUACUCAUAUUUACACUUAGAUGAACAAAAAGAAAAACUAAAACACGAAUUCGAACGGGAACGAGAAGAUAAACUUUUAGUUUUAGAAGUAAGAAGUUGAAGUUCAAGUUGAAGUUUUAGAUAUAGAUAUCCAUUUGUUUCCAUUAUCUUUUCGCUGUGCUAGUACUAGUGCUUGCGUUCGUCCAGUUCCAAUUAAAAUUUAGGUUUAGAUUUUGAAUUACAAUUAGACUGACAAUUAUCCUUCACCUUCUGACUCAGACUACCUUGGCCUUUCUUUUUCAAAUCUAUUCGAAUACGAUGGCGAAGAUUUAGAUCCAAGCUCAUAGUAGAAGUAGAACGAUCGACAAGCAUCAGCAGCGAAAGGCAUGGAAUACGAACGACCUCGACCGGCGUUUUUGUAUUUCGCUCCAUCACCAUUUCCCUACCAGCUUACGUGCUUACUAUCGUUUUCAUCUACGUUCACUCACACUCUAAGUCUCUAUUUCUAUUUCUGUUGGUCAAUGGUCAUUACUGGCUCAAGAUCCAACGAACGAACCUGAUUUCAAUGCCAAAUGACUGCUCUCACUCGUCACCUUGAUCAUGAUCAAUGCCGUUCCUUGUCUUGAACUCUUGUUAGUUCCUCCUAUGAUCAUCGUUUGAACUCAAUGAAUUCCAACAUGAAUUAGCAGCAAGAUCUCCCAGAUCUUUAACUGCACUAUGACCCUUCAUGAUAUCCCAAUGACAUUGAACCCAUUUUGAUACCAUUUCAGGGCCUUAAACAGUCAGUGAUCAUUCGGCACGUCCGUUCUGAUCGUCUUUCUGUUACAUUGCAACGAUAAUCAUUCCAUUUACUCUCAAGAGCCUCAUAUUGCGCUUGGACGUGUUCGGGUGUUCCAACACUGUUUCAAGCCCUUGAGCCUUACCUUAUUAAAGAAAUUGCUAGUCAAUACUUUGUAGAAGUAGAGAAAACAAAGUCGCAUUAUUUGCGCCACAAAAUGCCCGAUAUGAGUCUUGGAGAGAUUUCACCCAAACUGGGACAGAAAUCUGACUGGCGUGACUGGCUUCGAGCGGUAACGCAAGAAGCGGACCGCCUGGACCUAGUCCAAUACUUCAACAACGUGCUGAACGGCAAUGCGGCAGGGAUUCCGAACCAACCCAACAACAACGACCGCAAGCUCCAGCAGAAUUGGCGAGAUUUGAAGAACGUGAUCAUCAAGUCGCUCAAAGGUGCAGCCGCAGCACAUAUGAAGGAUCAGGAUACCACUGUAAUGAACGCUGGUGAAGUGGUAACAAACCUCCGUGACGCUGGUUUCAGUCAAAAUGACCGCACAGAGCAGCGAAUCUCUGCUAAAGCGUUGGAAGGGAUGCAUUUCACGAACAGUGAUUCUCCUCCAGACGUUCCAACAUUCUUGGCGAAGGUUAGAGAUGUCAUGAACCAAUCUCCGACCGUAUACCCGCCGGAAGUUGGUGUGGCUGUUGCUGAUCAACAAAACGGAGCAAUCCUCGACAUUCUGCCAAAAAUGUUUUCCAAAGCAUUUCGACAGACAAUCGAGAGGAUGCAAGAAGAUGAACAUCUAACGUUCGUCCAAAUCGGUGACAGACUCACGAAACGGCUUCAAAGUUUGAUUGACUCUGGUGAGUACAAGAUCGAGAAUCCAUCUUUCGGCAAAGCUUUUCCAGCUGUCGAAGAUUCCGAUGAUGAAAACCAGAACAAUAACAAAACCAAGAAGCGUAAACGUCAAGAUGAGAGUGAUGACGAUGGUAACGCGUUUGCCGCUCUCAAGAAAACAACGAUCAAACGACUUCGCAAGAAGAUUCGCAAAGAAAUCAAGAACGAGGUCUACGCAACAAAAGGAAGUGGAAAGAGUAGUAGUAGUAGUUCUAGUAGUAAGAAGAACAAAGGAAAUGGCAAAGGUAAAGGUGCUAAGAACUCAAAUCCUAAUGAGGGCAUCCAGUGCAACUAUUGUCACAAAUAUGGACAUAAGGCGCACAAAUGCUGGCUAAACCCGAUGAGUCAAAGCUACCAACCUAACAAAGCCAUGGGCAGCAACUUCUUCAACAAUUCAUACAACUGUUGGCCGCAAGGUAACACUAUCCCUCCGUGGCACCAGAACAACUAUCCACCGCAACAAAGUGGAGGAAAAGGAUUCGACAACGGUAACCCACAGCAGCAAUGGGGUGGACAACAACCACAACGCUGAGUCGAAACCAAUCCGGAAUGGAAUGGAUAUGGGAGACGAGAUGGACAGUCCCAAGAUGAAGAAGAAUUGGAAGAAGAUUUCCAAAAUGAGGAUGGAAAAUGUUCGCUGAACUUGGAAGAAAACUUUGAGAAUAAAGAAUAUAGAAGUGAACUGCUUAGGGAUGAAAGCUAUAUGAUUGACAAUCACUCAGGUUGCUAUCUUAGUGCAAAUCAAAGCAAAACAGUUUCACUUGUUGACAGUUGUGCAAAUAAGUAUUUGUCUAGCCAUCGUUCCGAUUUCAAGAAAAUUAGCCACCGGCUUUGUCAUAUUAGUGGCACUGCUGGAAAGCGAAGUGGGAACCUAGGUAGACUAAAAGAAAACAAACUAGGAUUAAAAUAUGGCGUACACUUUGAACACUUACCAAAAGCCAUAGAUCGCAUUAUACCGUGGUUAGGUGAAGGAAACUGUCAUGAAAAGGGUUGGCAAAUGAAUUUCACAGAAAGUGGCGGAACGUUGUACAAUACUCGCUCCGGCCGCUCUCUACCCAUAACAAAUUGCCCCCAGAUGCAGUUACCUAUUCUAGGCUGUGACAUGUUUAGCAAAGAAGAAAAUGAAACUGAGGAGGAUAUAGUAUGCACUAGUAUAGAAGAAGCUAGACUUCAUUCACAAGCUUCAAGAUUAGACAUACAUCGUAGACUUGGUCACUUUCACGUUGAUGGCCUUAGUGUAUCUUGUCCAGAAUGUGAUCGAACCAAAGGUCAAAGACGCUCUCAUGCAAAAGUGAGACCCCCUGGACAUAUACCUUCUCCAUUGAAAACACUUGCAAUUGAUUUCGCAGUUGGUAUUAGACCAGUAUCUAUAAGAAGCAAAAGAUGUGCUUUAGUCAUUAUUUGUGAUUCGAUUAAAAUGUGUUUCGUUCGUCCUCUUUGCCUCAAGUCGGACUGCGUAGAGGUGAUUGAAGAAGUAAUAAAAGGCAUUCGCCAGGACUACUCAUUGUCACUCGACGACAAGGUGGUGUGGUUCAUCCGUAGAGAUAACGAACCCGUCCUAAGUAGUGACCAUAUGACCAAAGUCAUGCAAUCGCUACUGGUUUCGGAAAUUCCUGGAGUUCCUUACAACCCAGAAAUGAACGGAACUUGCGAACGUUUCAUGCGGACCAUUUUCGGUGCUGUACGUACCAUGUUGGUCAAAGUCGACCGACGUCUUUGGUGUUACUGCUUACAGUAUGCCGGAGAUUGUUGGAAUCGCUUACCGCAUCGUUAUGCAAAAAUGCCAGAACGUGAUGGAAUGAGUCCUGUCGAGAUACUAGAAAAGAGGAUAGGAAAGAAGUCCUCGAAAAGUGGUCUAGGUAUGUUAAGAAGAUUUGGUUGCUUGGUGUACUUUCGUGAACAGGUCGUAGACACCACCAACAAGAAAGAAGCAAAGCUUGCGUCACCUUAUCGGCGUGGUGUGUUUCUCGGUCUGUGUCCAGUUUCGUCUGGUUGGCUAGUAGGUACAUAUCACAACGAUGGGAGAACGAAAGCUGGCUUCAAGUGGAGUGAGUAUUCCACACUAGACGUAAAAUUUCGAGAGUCGAUAUUAGUCAAGAACAUUGAUUGGCUAUUGCCUACGUCGAAGGGCAUUUAUGUUGAUUAUGACCCGCUGGAAAACCUGCAGUCUGGCACGCCGUCGCUGGGUCCCGUCCUGCACAGACAUGCGCUGCAACGUAUGGCCUGUCAGCCGCGCUUCUCUGGCACGGAGUACAGCUCAGGCGAUCCAACCGGCAUGGAAAUGAUACUAGAUAACAAUGACAUUGGUGAGUUUUUCUGUGAAUCUUUGGACAAAGAGGAAGAUCCAAAGACCGGUGAUGAUUCCAACUCUGACGCGCAACGCGUUGAGGAGGGGAAUAUCUCAUCGGAGCGUGUGUCGCCUGACUCUAAUCCUGAAGCAAGGGAUCCGAGGACCUUACCCAUUCCACCAUCUCAACCAGGCAAAGUUGAGGAGGGGAAGAAAGGCCGAGGAAGACCUAAAGGGAGCAAGGAUAAGAAUCCAGGACAACGCAAAAGAAGAACAAAAGCCGAGCUAGAAGCAUUAAGAAAAGACAUGCAUAAAUUUGCCAUGCUAGCAGGCGGGCAUGAGCUGGAAGAAGGGGAGACCUUUCUCGAAGCACAUGUCAUGCUGUCAGUUUCCCAAGCCUUGAAAAGCCCUGACGCCGAGAAAUGGCGUGCAGCUAUCACCAAGGAGGAAGCUAGACUACUUGCCUUUGAGACUUGGGCGCCAGCUACUGACGAGGAGCUGCGAACCUCUUCUCAGGUAAUGCCUAUAGCAAUCGUUCUCACGGUAAAACGUGAUGGAACUUUCAAAGCUCGUGCUUGUGUGCUCGGGAAUCUUGAUCGUUCGGGGAAUAUCGACACCUACGCCCCUGUAGUGUCACAUGCUGCGAAUAGACUUUUACUCGUUUCAGCAGCGACGGACUCUGACUUCGUCAUCCCAUUCGACCUUGAUUCUGCGUUCCUUAAUGCUGAACUCGAUCGUGACGUCUUCUGCCGUCUUCCACCAGUGUGGGCGGAGAAGCAUGGAGCGGAUAUCGUCAAGCUUAAGAAAGCUCUCUAUGGGCUCAAGGACGCUCCACGAGCCUGGUUCAAGAAGUAUUGCGUGCUAUUGUCCGAACUCGGAUGGGAGCCGUGUCCUUCUGCUCCAGGAUUGUGGCGGAAAAAGAGCAAAACGCACCCAGGAAAGUAUAUGAAGAUGUCAGUCUAUGUUGAUGAUAACUUAGCUACUGGACCUGACUAUCACGAGUUACGGUCUGAGCUCGACCGGAUCUUUAGUCGCGCCCCUGGCCGACCUAUUGAGAUGGCAAAGCGAGUCGAUUCUCUUACGGGUUUCGAAUGGCUAGAGUUCGACUUUCUUGGUGCGAUUGUGCACUAUUGUCGGGAAGCACGUUCAGUGAAAAUCCUGAUGAAUGUGUACAUAGAGAAGACUAUACAGAAGUAUAAAAUAACAUUAGGUAAGCCGGUGUGGUCUCCAAAUUUCGACGAGUCUGCUUUGCUUGAGGAGGGGCUUAAGCUAGCAGCCGGGUUUCCAUUGCGUGAGAUUGUUGGCGCACUGCUUUGGAUAUCGACAACCGCAAGGCCAGAUAUUUGCGUCCCUGUGGCGACAUUGGCUCGGUAUGUCAGUAAGCCCGUUACAGAAAGAAUUGCAAAAGCCUGUAGAAAAGUAUUAAAGUAUCUAGCUACGACAAAAGACCAAGGACUCUAUUAUUCUCCAGAAAGUGAGGAAGAAUUCAACGGAAUUUACAAGAAGCUCCUACCAGAAGGAAGAGAGCUACCGUAUACUAACUGGUUCUCAGAUGCAGGAUUCGCAAACUGCAUAAAGAGCAUGCGCUCGACCAGUGGUUCGAUUAUGUACUAUCGGGGCUUUCCAAUCUGUUGGAAACGCAAUACACAAACCGUGCGUGCAUAUUCAACUGCAGAGUCAGAGUAUAUAGCCGCGUCGGACACUAUUGUCAUGAGCGAGCUGCAUGAUUUUACAGAUUUCUUCAAUCCCUUACCCACUCAAUUAGUGGAAACGCGGUUUGGUAUAUCGCCAUCCCUCGAUGAUGCCAUAUUGUGGAUAGACAACCAGUCUGCAAUCUCGACAGCAAAGAGUGAAGACACGAAGCCUAAGAGUAGACACUAUGCGUUACGUUAUUUACGAGUUAGAGACGCAGCUGAGAAAGUAGUUUUCUGUCCUACUCACCUCAUGAAAGCUGAUGGACUAACGAAACUUUCAUGCUCAUCUACUCAACGCAGAUUAUUAUUACAUCACAUAGAGAAUCCAGUCAUUAGCCGUAACCAUGAUGAAGAUGAUAGUGACUCGGAAACGGAAGAUGAUGAGUCUGGUUCAAGUUCUGCUUCCGUGGCGGUGCUUACCUAUUCUAUCUUCUUAGGGUGUUAGGUCGUUGGUCAAGUGGUGACGUCAGUGGAUAUAGAGAAUCGUGAUGGUUCUGGGUCAGAGCAGGUAACACCAGACCGUUUGUGACUUUCGUCAUUUCCUCACCUAGCGAUUGAGGAGGGGUGUUGGUCAAUGGUCAUUACUGGCUCAAGAUCCAACGAACGAACCUGAUUUCAAUGUCAAAUGACUGCUCUCACUCGUCACCUUGAUCAUGAUCAAUGCCGUUCCUUGUCUUGAACUCUUGUUAGUUCCUCCUAUGAUCAUCGUUUGAACUCAAUGAAUUCCAACAUGAAUUAGCAGCAAGAUCUCCCAGAUCUUUAACUGCACUAUGACCCUUCAUGAUAUCCCAAUGACAUUGAACCCAUUUUGAUACCAUUUCAGGGCCUUAAACAGUCAGUGAUCAUUCGGCACGUCCGUUCUGAUCGUCUUUCUGUUACAUUGCAACGAUAAUCAUUCCAUUUACUCUCAAGAACCUCAUAUUGCGCUUGGACGUGUUCGGGUGUUCCAACAAUUUCUAAUUAUUAUUAUAAAUGUAAUUAUUGAUGAAUGAUUUUGAUUAUGAUGUAGUUGUAGAUGUUGAUCACGAUGCAGAUGCUGACGCAGCAUGAACGUUAUGACUAUGUCGUGGGGAUGCGGGUUGGCGUGGAGGUGGAGCAAUUCUAAAUGUAUCUGACUCACAGACGGGACGUCACGAGCAUGAUCAUGAUUUGGCUGAAACCUAAGGGGAUUGCACGAAGCAAAGACUGGGACUAGGAGGGGGCAAGUCUCAGCCAUUCAUGUCAUAACUGAGAGUGAGCCUGCAGAUGGCCCACGGGUACAGGAUUGGAAGUUCUGCUUCCACAUUCGGCUUCUGAAAGAUUCAGCACUAGAGCGGUGUCUGGGAAUUGGGUGAGUGCCGUGGCCAUGUGCGCGGACAUCGGGUUCGGGAUCGGAUUCGCAGUCGUGUGUAAGAGUAAAUGAAAGAGUGUGCGAUAGACUAACAUGACAAGAACCAAGCAGAAGAUCUAGAGAGGGUUGUGACCAUUAGCAUUAUAUUUAUAAUCGUUUUUUUCCUCAGUC